AGCUUACAGUUCGUUCCUCGACGUCGAGCCAACUACCACGACCCACGACUCUGCUGCAGAGACGCUCCGCUUCGUUUCGCUCCUGUUGCUGUUCUUCGCCGCUCAAAAUUAACAAUGAGCGAAGAUAGCAGCAGCAGCGAUAUCUACAAUGUAAGCGUUGCACGUUAUCGCCCAGAGGAAAUCACCAAAUUAGAGAGCAAGACGAAAUUCACCAGGAAGGAGCUGCAGCUCAUCUACCGCGGAUUCAAGCAGGAAUGCCCGACUGGAAUGGUCGAUGAAGAGGCUUUCAAGCAUAUUUUUGCUCAGUUUUUCCCACAAGGCGAUGCUACCAACUACGCCAAGUACGUUUUCAACACAAUGAAGCACAAGAGCACUGGAAAAAUAAGCUUUGAGGAUUUCCUCAACAUCCUGUCGAAAGUGUCCAGAGGUACUGUGCAAGAAAAAAUGCAAUGGGUAUUUGGCCUCUACGAUCUAGAUGGAGAUGGGAUGAUAACCAAGAACGAAAUGGUGGAUGUUGUCACCAGCAUUUACGAGAUGCUUGGCAGAUCCACUCAACCCGCGGUAGAGGUUGGAUCUGCCAAGGAGCACGUCGAGAAGAUAUUCCACUUGAUUGAUUCAAACAAGGACGGCGUCGUGACCAUCGAGGAGCUCAUCCAGUGGUGUUCCCGUGACGAAGAGGUACUCCGCUCGUUGGAGACGCUCGAUACCGUUCUAUGAUUGAGCAUGUCUCGUGUAAAUCUCAGAAAAUCUUUCGGCCGUCAGAAAGUAAUCGAGUUAAACCUAUGUUCCGAACAUGUUUUUGAUCUUGGUUUGCAGCAAAGCGACGCCCAAACCGCAGAAAUGAUUGGUAAGAGAGGACGAGCUCGUAAGCUCAUCCUUGUCUUUAGCGUCGGGUGCGUCCUCCGUCUUAAAAACUGGUUCUUGAAUAUGAGUUGCCGUUCCGGAUGUCUUUGCAUUCACUAAUUUCUUGAAAUUUAACUCUUCUCUACAUUUAAUCACAUAUUUGAAAUAAUAACAAAAAAAAAUGGAAAAUAUUAAAUCAAAAUACAGAUUUAUGGAAACUUUCGGAAAUUACAAAAACGACCCCUAAUUCACAUUUUUAUAUGUGGAAAGACUAGAGAUAUUUCAAAACGUAUACAAACCUUACCUAAUUGCUUCAAAUUUGCACGAAGCUAACGAAAAAAAACUUGAUUUAAGUAUCGGCUGUCCACGUUAUCAAUUAACCUUGUCCUCCAUCUAAAAUUUUGUAAAAUAGGGGUCCAAGAAAAAGUUUGCAGUAUUUUGAAAACCAUUUCUGUAGAAAUUACUAUAUACAAGUAUUGUUGAUGCAAACAAUAGUGUAUUCAGUUUAAAUGAAACACAUCUAAUAUUAAAUAUAAGAUUUUUUAUCAGUAUUACUUUAUACUUUUUUGUAUUUUUCGAGCCUGUUUGGAACUACGCAAUGUUACAUUAAGUCUAUAUAUCCAAAUCUUGUUUAUAUUGUACAUUUGACCCACACCAACAUCUAGUGAAACAUGGUUAUCUCUGUAUGUUAACUGACUGACGUAAUAAUUAAAAUAUACGUUUCUCUUGGUUACGUCA